AGAACGGAUUUUACCAAAACUGAAAAUGCAGGCUCCAUGCUCAGAAGCUCUUUAACAGGCUCGAAAGGUCCAUGCUCCUUUCUCCUGCCCAUUCUAUAGCAUAAGAAGACAGUCUCUGAGUGAUAAUCUUCUCUUCAAGAAGAAGAAAACUAGGAAGAAGUAAGCACAAAGAUCUCUUCACAUUCUCCGGGACUGCAGUACCAAAUAUCAGCACAGCACUUCUUGAAAAAGGAUGUAAAUUUUAAUCUGAACUUUGAACCAUCACUGAGGUGGCCCGCCGGCUUCUGAGCCUUCUGCCCUGCGGGGACACGGUCUGCACCCUGCCCGCGGCCACGGACAUGACCAUGACCCUCCACACCAAAGCAUCCGGGAUGGCUCUACUGCAUCAGAUCCAAGGGAACGAGCUGGAGCCCCUGAACCGUCCGCAGCUCAAGAUCCCCCUGGAGCGGCCCCUGGGCGAGGUGUACGUGGACAGCAGCAAGCCCGCCGUGUACAACUACCCCGAGGGCGCCGCCUACGAGUUCAGCGCCGCGGCCGCCGCCAACGCGCAGGUCUACGGUCAGACCGGCCUCCCCUACGGCCCCGGGUCUGAGGCUGCGGCGUUCGGCUCCAGCGGCCUGGGGGGUUUCCCCCCACUCAACAGCGUGUCUCCGAGCCCGCUGAUGCUACUGCACCCGCCGCCGCAGCUGUCGCCUUUCCUGCAGCCCCACGGCCAGCAGGUGCCCUACUACCUGGAGAACGAGCCCAGCGGCUACACGGUGCGCGAGGCCGGCCCGCCGGCAUUCUACAGGCCAAAUUCAGAUAAUCGACGCCAGGGUGGCAGAGAAAGAUUGGCCAGUACCAAUGACAAGGGAAGUAUGGCUAUGGAAUCUGCCAAGGAGACUCGCUACUGUGCAGUGUGCAAUGACUAUGCUUCAGGCUACCAUUAUGGAGUCUGGUCCUGUGAGGGCUGCAAGGCCUUCUUCAAGAGAAGUAUUCAAGGACAUAACGACUAUAUGUGUCCAGCCACUAACCAGUGCACCAUUGAUAAAAACAGGAGGAAGAGCUGCCAGGCCUGCCGGCUCCGCAAAUGCUACGAAGUGGGAAUGAUGAAAGGUGGGAUACGAAAAGACCGAAGAGGAGGGAGAAUGUUGAAACACAAGCGCCAGAGAGAUGAUGGGGAGGGCAGGGGUGAAGUGGGGUCUGCUGGAGACAUGAGAGCUGCCAACCUUUGGCCAAGCCCACUCAUGAUCAAACACUCUAAGAAGAACAGCCCGGCCUUGUCUCUGACGGCCGACCAGAUGGUCAGCGCCUUGUUGGAUGCUGAGCCCCCCAUACUCUAUUCCGAGUACGAUCCUACCAGACCCUUCAGUGAGGCUUCGAUGAUGGGCUUGCUGACCAACCUGGCAGACAGGGAGCUGGUUCACAUGAUCAACUGGGCAAAGAGGGUGCCAGGCUUUGUGGAUUUGACCCUCCAUGAUCAGGUCCACCUUCUAGAAUGUGCCUGGCUAGAGAUCCUGAUGAUUGGUCUCGUCUGGCGCUCCAUGGAGCACCCAGGGAAGCUCCUGUUUGCUCCUAACUUGCUCUUGGACAGGAACCAGGGAAAAUGUGUAGAGGGCAUGGUGGAGAUCUUUGACAUGCUGCUGGCUACAUCAUCUCGGUUCCGCAUGAUGAAUCUGCAGGGAGAGGAGUUUGUGUGCCUCAAAUCUAUUAUUUUGCUUAAUUCUGGAGUGUACACAUUUCUGUCCAGCACCCUGAAGUCUCUGGAAGAGAAGGACCAUAUCCACCGAGUCCUGGACAAGAUCACAGACACUUUGAUCCACCUGAUGGCCAAGGCAGGCCUGACCCUGCAGCAGCAGCACCGGCGGCUGGCCCAGCUCCUCCUCAUCCUCUCCCACAUCAGGCACAUGAGUAACAAAGGCAUGGAGCAUCUGUACAGCAUGAAGUGCAAGAACGUGGUGCCCCUCUAUGACCUGCUGCUGGAGAUGCUGGACGCCCACCGCCUACAUGCGCCCGCUAGCCGUGGAGGGGCGCCCAUGGAGGAGACCGACCAAAGCCACUUGGCCACCGCGGGCUCUACUUCAUCGCAUUCCUUGCAAAAGUAUUACAUCACGGGGGAGGCAGAGGGUUUCCCUGCCACAGUCUGAGAGCUCCCCGGCUCCCACAUGGUUCAGAUAAUCCCUGCUGCAUUUUACCCUCAUCAUGCACCACUUUAGCCAAAUUCUGUCUCCUGCAUACACUCCGGCAUGCAUCCAACACCAAUGGCUUUCUAGAUGAGUGGCCAUUCAUUUGCUUGCUCAGUUCUUAGUGGCACAUCUUCUGUCUUCUGUUGGGAACAGCCAAAGGGAUUCCAGGGCUAAAUCUUUGUAACAGCUCUCUUCCCCCUUUGCUAUGUUACUAAGCGUGAGGAUUCCUGUAGCUCUUCACAGCUGAACUCAGUCUAUGGGUUGGGGCUCAGAUGACUCUGUGCAUUUAAGCUACUUGUCGAGACCCAGGCCUGGAGAGUAGACAUUGCGCCUCGGAUAAGCACUUUUUAAAUGGCUCUAAGAAUAAGCCACAGCAAAGAAUUUAAAGUGGCUUCUUUAAUUGGUGACUUGGAGAAAGCUAGGUCAAGGGUUUAUUAUAGCACCCUCUUGUAUUCCUAUGGCAAUGCAUCCUUUUAUGAAAGUGGUACACCUUAAAGCUUUUAUAUGACUGUAGCAGAAUAUCUGGUGAUUGUCAAUUCAUUUCCCCUAUAGGAAUACAAGGGGCACACAGGGAAGGCAGAUCCCCUAGUUGGCAAGGCUAUUUUAACUUGAUACAAUGCAGCUUCAGAUGUGCUGAAAGCUGUGCCUCUGGCUUUCCGGUCAUGGGUUCCAGUUAAUUCAUGACUCCCAUGGACCUAUGGAGAGCAGCAAGUUGAUCUUAGUUAAGUCUCCCUGUAUAAGGGAUAAGUUCCUGAUUUUUGUUUUUAUUUUUGUGUUACAAAAGAAAGCCCUCCCUCCCUGAACUUGCAGUAAGGUCAGCUUCAGGACCUGUUCCGAUGGGCGCUGUACUUGGAUCUUCCCAGCGUGUGUGUGCCUUACACAGGGGUGAACUGUUCACUGUGGUGAUGCAUGAUGAGGGUAAAGGGUAGUUGAAAGGAGCAGGGGCCCUGGUGAUGCAUUUAGUCCUGGGGCAUGGAGCUGAACAGUACUUGUGCAGGAUUGUUGUGGCUGCUAGAGAACAAGAGGGAAAGUAGGGCAGAAACUGGAUACAGUUCUGAGGCACAGCCAGACUUGCUCAGGGUGGCCCUGCCACAGGCUGCAGCUACCUAGGAACAUUCCUUGCAGACCCCGCAUUGCCCUUGGGGGUGCCCUGGGAUCCCUGGGGUAGUCCAGCUCUUCUUCAUUUCCCAGCGUGGCCCUGGUUGGAAGAAGCAUCUGUCACAGCUGCUGUAGACAGCUGUGUUCCUACAAUUGGCCCAGCACCUGGGGCACGGGAGGAGGAUGGGGACCGUUGCUGUCACUACUCAGGCUGACUGGGGCCUGGUCAGAUUACAUAUGCCCUUGGUUGUUUAGAGCUAAUUCAAAAUCAGGGUUUGGUUCGGGGAUGAAAAUCCUCCCCCUUCCUCCCCCCCAGCCCCGCUCCCUACCGCCUCCACUCCUGCCAGCUCAUUUCCUUCAAUUUCCUUUGACCUAUAGGCUAAAAAAGAAAGGCUCAUUCCAGCCACAGGGCAGCCUUCCCUGGGCCUUUGCUUCUCUAGCACAAUUAUGGGUUACUUCCUUUUUCUUCACAAAAAAGAAUGUUUAUUUUCCUCUGGGUGACCUUAUUGUCUAUAAUUGAAACUCUAUUGAGAGGUGGUGUCUGUGUUAGCCAAUGACCCAGGUGAGCUGCUCGGGCUUCUCUUGGUAUGUCUUGUUCGGAAAAGUGGAUUUCAUUAAUUUCUGAUUGUCCAGUUAAGUGAUCACCAAAGGACUGAGAAUCUGGGAGGGCAAAAAAAAAAAAAAAAAGUUUUUAUGUGCACUUAAAUUUGGGGACAAUUUUAUGUAUCUCUGUUAAGGAUAUGUUUAAGAACAUAAUUCUUUUGUUACUGUUUGUUUAAGAAGCACCUUAGUUUAAGAAGCACCUUAUAUAGUAUAAUAUAUAUUUUUUUGAAAUUACAUUGCUUGUUUAUCAGACAAUUGAAUGUAGUAAUUCUGUUCUGGAUUUAAUUUGACUGGGUUAACAUGCAAAAACCAAGGAAAAAUAUUUAGUUUUUUUUUUUGUAUACUUUUCAAGCUACCUUGUCAUGUAUACAGUCAUUUAUGCCUAAAGCCUGGUGAUUAUUCAUUUAAAUGAAGAUCACAUUUCAUAUCAACUUUUGUAUCCACAGUAGACAAAAUAGCACUAAUCCUGAUGCCUAUUGUUGGAUAUUGAAUGACAGACAAUCUUAUGUAGCAAAGAUUAUGCCUGAAAAGGAAAAUUAUUCAGGGCAGCUAAUUUUGCUUUUACCAAAAUAUCAGUAGUAAUAUUUUUGGACAGUAGCUAAUGGGUCAGUGGGUUCUUUUUAAUGUUUAUACUUAGAUUUUCUUUUAAAAAAAUUAAAAUAAAACAAAAAAAAUUUUCUAGGACUAGAUGAUGUAAUACCAGCUAAAGCCAAACAAUUAUACAGUGGAAGGUUUUACAUUAUUCAUCCAAUGUGCUUGUAUUCAUGUUAAGAUACUACUACAUUUGAAGUGGGCAGAGAACAUCAGAUGAUUGAAAUGUUCGCCCAGGGGUCUCCAGCAACUUUGGAAAUCUCUUUGUAUUUUUACUUGAAGUGCCACUAAUGGACAGCAGAUAUUUUCUGGCUGAUGUUGGUAUUGGGUAUAGGAACAUGAUGAAGAAAAACUCUUGCCUCUGCUUUCCCCCACUCUGAGGCAAGUUAAAAUUUAGAAGAUGUGAUUUAUCUGGGGGCUCAGGUAUGGUGGGGAAGUGGAUUCAGGAAUCUGGGGAAUGGCAAAUAUAUUAAGAAGGGUAUUGAAAGUAUUUGGAGGAAAAUGGUUAAUUCUGGCACCUGGGGUGUGCACCAGGGUUCAGUAGAGUCCACUUCUGCCCUGGAGACCACAAAUCCACUAGCUCCAUUUACGGCCAUUUCUAAAAUGGCAGCUUCAGUUCUAGAGAAGAAAGAACAACAUCAGCAGUAAAGUCCAUGGAAUAGCUAGUGGUCUGUGUUUCUUUUCGCCAUUGCCUAGCUUGCCGUAAUGAUUCUGUAAUGCCAUCAUGCAGCAAUUAGGAGAGGCUAGGUCAUCCAAAGAGAAGACCCUAUCAAUGUAGGUUGCAAAAUCUAACCCCUAAGGAAGUGCAGUCUUUGAUUUGAUUUCCCUAGUAACCUUGCAGAUAUGUUUAACCACGCCAUAGCCCAUGCCUUUUGGGGGCUGAACAAAUAAGGGACUUACUGAUAAUUUACUUUUGAUCACAUGAAGGUGUUCUUACCUUGAAAUCUUAUACACUGAAAUGGCCAUUGAUUUAGGCCAUUGGCUUAGAAUAUUCCUUCCCCUGCAUGACACUGAUUACAAAUCCUUUCCUAUUCAUACUUUCCAAUUAUGAGAUGGACUGUGGGUACUGGGAAUGAUCACUAACACCAUAGUAAUGUCUAAUAUUCACAGGCAGAUCUGCUUGGGGAAGCUAGUUAUGUGAAAGGCAAAUAGAGUCAUACAGUAGCUCAAAAGGCAACCAUAAUUCUCUUUGGUGCAGGUCUUGGGAGCGUGAUCUAGAUUACUCUGCACCAUUCCCACGUUAAUCCCCUGAAAACUUACUCUCAACUGGAGCAAAUGAACUGUGGUCCCAAGUAUCCAUCUUUUCAGUAGCAUUAAUUAUGCUCUGUUUCCAACUGCAUUUCCUUUCCAAUUGAAUUCAAGUGUGGCCUCGUUUUUAGUCAUUUAAAAUUGUUUUCUAAGUAAUUGCUGCCUCUAUUAUGGCACUUCAAUUUUGCACUGUCUUUUGAGAUUCAAGAAAAAUUUCUAUUCUUUUUUUUGCAUCCAAUUGUGCCUGAACUUCAAAAAUAUGUAAAUGCUGCCAUGUUCCAAACCCAUCAUCAGUGUGUGUGUUUAGAGCUGUGCACCCUAGAAACAACAUAUUGUCCCAUGAGCAGGUGCCUGAGACACAGACCCCUUUGCAUUCACAGAGAGGUCAUUGGUUAUAGAGACUUGAAUUAAUAAGUGACAUUAUGCCAGUUUCUGUUCUCUCACAGGUGAUAAACAAUGCUUUUUGUGCACUACAUACUCUUCAGUGUAGAGCUCUUGUUUUAUGGGAAAAGGCUCAAAUGCCAAAUUGUGUUUGAUGGAUUAAUAUGCCCUUUUGCUGAUGCAUACUAUUACUGAUGUGACUCGGUUUUGUCGCAGCUUUGCUUUGUUUAAUGAAACACACUUGUAAACCUCUUUUGCACUUUGAAAAAGAAUCCAGCGGGAUGCUCGAGCACCUGUAAACAAUUUUCUCAACCUAUUUGAUGUUCAAAUAAAGAAUUAAACUAAAGACAACAAGUUUGUUUUUUGUAAGCUCC